CUGGACGGCGCCGAUCCGUAAAAGCUCGAGCUCCCGCGCCGCCAAGAAUCAACGUGGGGGAUCGCGAACCUCAUCGCUCUGGUACCGACUGAACUCUCACCCACAAUCUGCGCCGUUCACCGCCUUCCAGCCACCACCGCAGGCAUCAGCGAGCUUCACCGGUCUAUUACUUCUAUCGAUCCAGAGCAUCCGUUCCCAACACCAAACCCACCCAAAACCGCCGACCACAGCGACAGAUGCAGCAAAUGCAACACCUCUUCACGCAGCAGCAGCACUACCCGGGCGAGUGGUCACAGGGCCACCACCAGCACCCCAACCACCAUGUAGCGCAGCACGGCCAGCUCCAGGCGCAGGCGCAGGCUGCGCAAGCCCAAGCGCAAGCUGCUGCCGCCGCAGCCGCCGCCGCGCAAGCCCAGCAGCAGCACUACCAGAGGAUCGCGGGCAACAACGGGACGGCUGUCCCUGGUAACGGCAUCGUGCCCCGCGGCCCCGCGAACGACAUGCAAGCCAACAGCGAGAUCGGCAUGACGGAAGAGAACAGGCGCGUGCUUGACUGGAUCGCGCAGCUUAUGAAGCCCGCGACGCGCGAGUCGGCCCUGCUGGAGCUGAGCAAGAAGCGCGAGCAGGUGCCCGAGCUUGCAUUGAUCCUCUGGCACUCCUUCGGCGUCAUGGCAUCCCUUCUUCAAGAGAUCAUCUCCGUUUACCCGCUGCUGAAUCCGUCGCAGCUGACGGCUGCCGCUUCAAAUCGCGUGUGCAAUGCGCUUGCACUCCUCCAAUGCGUGGCCUCCCACACUGAGACCCGUGGCCUCUUCCUGAGCGCCCACAUCCCGCUUUUCCUCUAUCCCUUCCUCAACACUACGUCCAAGUCGCGUCCUUUCGAGUACCUCCGCCUGACUUCCCUCGGCGUGAUUGGUGCCCUCGUCAAGAACGACUCUUCUGAAGUCAUCAACUUCCUUCUCACUACCGAGAUCAUUCCCCUUUGCCUCCGUAUUAUGGAGACAGGUUCGGAGCUCAGCAAGACUGUGGCUAUCUUCAUUGUGCAGAAGAUUCUGCUCGACGACAUUGGUCUGGCAUACAUCUGCCAGACUUACGAGCGCUUCUACGCGGUUGGCACUGUUCUGAGCAACAUGGUCAACCAGCUUGUUGAGCAGCAGACGGUCCGUCUUCUGAAGCAUGUUGUGCGCUGCUUCCUUCGUCUGAGUGACAACGCCCGCGCUCGCGAGGCUCUACGCCAGUGCCUUCCCGAGCCACUCAGAGAUGCGACCUUCUCGUCAGUCCUCCGUGAUGAUGCGGCGACCAAGCGCUGUCUUGCCCAGCUCCUGAUCAACCUUUCUGAUAACGUCGUUGAUGCGGCCAACAACCAGCAGCUGAUGCACUGAAGCGCUCUCCGAGCCUAGGUGGCAGCUAGCACACACUUCCGGUUCAGCACGAUAUCCUCACUUCGAUCUUUGUGUAAUUUAUGGGCUUCGGCCUUUGACUUCAUUCAGCGCGGCGGCAUGCAUAGGGGCCGGUUCGGGUAUCUAUCACUUUAACCAGGAUAUGGUAUGGUACUGGCGUUGGGAUCUUUCCGAUGCGAUACCCGUGGGGACAGUUGACGACGUGUCUCUGCAGCAUCUUAUCAUCUUUAUGGGACGACUGUCAUGGCGAGGAGUUUCGGGCAUUGCACGGCGUGGUAUUUUGGUUCGUAUUAUGGGGGACAAAAGCUAUAUGUAUAAUAUUUGGACAGCUACGGUUAGCUGGAGCAAUAUAUGACAUGCUUCAUCA